CGGCAUUCGAGGCGGGCAGGGCUGCUGAGCGCGCGCGCGGGCUUUUCCUCAGGGCGUCACGCGACGGGGGACCCGGAGGAGCGCCCAGGUGCCAACUUGCUCACCGGCUCCACCAACGUCCCUUCCCGCUCUCCUCAGAAGCAGCCCGGCAGCAGCGGCCGCACCACCGCACGGUAAUCAUGAGUGAUCGAAAGGCUGUGAUCAAAAAUGCAGAUAUGUCUGAGGAGAUGCAGCAGGACUCUGUGGAGUGUGCUACACAGGCCUUGGAAAAAUAUAACAUUGAGAAAGAUAUUGCUGCUCACAUAAAGAAGGAGUUUGACAAGAAAUACAACCCUACUUGGCACUGCAUUGUGGGAAGAAAUUUUGGCAGCUAUGUGACUCACGAGACCAAACACUUCAUCUACUUUUACCUGGGUCAAGUUGCUAUUCUCCUUUUCAAAUCUGGUUAGAAUUAUGGGACUUUUCCACCCAAAUAUGCAUUCGGUUACAGGACUGCACGCUAAUUCCAAAUAGACUGAAGUCUUCAGCCUUCCCCAGGGAACAUACUUUGAUCUUCAAGCCUUUUGUUUUAAUGACAGGUACUCCUAUGUACCAAUUUGUGUUUUUGUUGUGGCCAUAAAAAAUAGCAAAAAAGUAAGCUUGUAUGUAUUUUCUUUCCAAAACAAUCCAUCCAAGUUUUCUAAUAAAACUGUUGGGUAUUUAUCCUUUAACUUACUCUAAUAUUUCUAUAUUUGGGGUAGCUCUUCCAUAGAACCAGUGGAGUUCUAUAUUACACUGAAGCUGAAAAUUGUUUAGCUAAUCCACUAGUGUUUUCCAAGCUCAACUCCAAAGUUUGGUAGGCUCAGUCUAGGUUAUUAUAUUUGAGUUAAAAUUUGAAAAUGCUUUCUUGUAUCAGCUAACAUACCCAAGUUUCUUACAUUUAAUUUUAUUGGCUUCAAAUGCUUUUUAAACAAAGCUGUUAAGAGAGCACAAAAUAGAAUUCUUCUAACUCAAGACUUCUUUAGACGCACAUCUGUGCAAGAGAAUGUCCUGUAAUGGAAUGAUUUAAAAAAAUAUUUGAAAUCCUCCAUAUGCAAUUUAUGAAUGCUUAAUUAGAGCAUUUUUGGUUAAAUAUCUCUGUAUAUGUCAGAUAAACAAAACUGUACAGAGCUUGUCUGUUAUACAGCUUCAGCUUUAAGGAUUAUUAACCUUACGUGCUAGAUGGCUCAGUACAAUAAUGGUGUAUAUUAACACAGUACUUAAUAAAGACCUGAGGUUGAAAGUCUAGCAGAUUAUCUCAUAGGAAAUGAGUGCUGAAUGUUUCAGUACAUUUUAAGGACUAGAGCAUCCCACAUUUGGAAAAACGUGUAACUACACUUCUCCCUUGAUAGAGAGGGAUCUGAUUGUGCUGCUUAUACAGUACAUGUAUGUAAUGGAUUGGUUGACAUGUUGCAGCAUCAGCUCUGCUUUAUAAAGUUGGGAUAGACAAAUAGCACGUUUCAUUGAGUACCAAGUUUUUUCUUCAUCGUUGAAAGUUUAUGGUCCAAAAGCAAUUUGUAUGAAGGACACACCAAUGGAAAUAAUAAUGUGCAUUUGUUAGAUAAAGUUCAAAUAGUACAUGGGACAUCCUUAAGUAUGAAAGAGGGGAUAACACUUAGUGAAUUAAGCAUGGGAAUGUUUUAUGCCUUUUAAAUGUAAAAAUAUUUGUUACCAAUGGCAGCUUCUAGAUUAUCUAGACAUUUAUUACCCAAUAGUUUUUUUUAUCCUAAAGAUUUGCUGGUUUAUUCCUUCCUCCAUAGGUAUAUUGUGCUUGGAAGCAAGUUACCCUUCCUAUAAACUGUUUUAACACUCUUAAACCAAUGUAACAGUUUAUAGUACAGGAACCUGGUGCAUGAUAGUACCCAACACAAUAGAACAAGCUUUAAAUGUUGGCCAGUUAUUUCCAAUGUGGUACAGCAAGGGGCUCAAUCUCCAUAGAGGACAGGCAGAGAAUCUGAGUUAAUUUUCUCCAGGGCUGACUUCUAUUCAUGGCUAUCAAUAAAAAUAGCUGGAGUUAAGGAAUGCAUAGUCUUUGGGCAUUUUGACUAUCAAGCAUAGUAUUCUAUCUGAGCAGGCUUGUGUUGCAUUUAUGUAUAGUGUGAUAUAUUUAUGACACUGUCAUAUUAUUAAACUGUAUGUUCUAGGCUUCAU